AUGUCGAAAAUGAGUUCUAAAGAUAAAGAUAAUAAGACAUUACAUGAUAAAUUGAAACAAUUUUUUCGCAUUAACAAAGGCAAUUAUAAAAGUCGUGAAGAUUUUACAUUAACACAUGAUCUUGAAAAAGAAAUUAGUCCUGAAAGUCCUGUGCAUCAUCGUACAAAAGCAAUUAAGGAUUUAUGUGAUGCAGUUCUUAAUCAGCAAUGGGAAGAUAAAGCAGCUGAAAGAUUAUGGUAUUUGGUACAAGAUCUUUUAGAAAAAGAUGUGCCACGUGAACAUAGACAUGUGACAUUAAACUUUUUACGAUGUCUUGUCCAAGGUCAAUAUUCUAAAUUAUCUUCUCUCAUGAGAGUGAAGUUUUUUAUGGUUGUUAAAGAACAUAAUAUUCCUGAAGAUAUUGGACCUAGAUUGGAACUUUUACAAAGUUUAACAGAAAAUGGGAAAGAUAUAUCACACUUAGAAGAGAGAAUGGGACCUUUUCUAUUAGAAUGGAUGCCAGUUAUAACAACAGGAGAUGGAAGAAGAGGCGCUGAAUUCUUAUCAUUGCUUGUUAAUGUCAUAAAAUUUAAUUCAGCAUAUAUUGAUGAAGACAUUAUAUCAGGCCUUGUUCAGUACAUUUGCCAUCUAUGCUAUUAUAGUAAUAGCAGUGAAGUUGUAUCUGGAUGUUUAGAAGCUUUAGAUGCAAUUGUUUGUUACAAUAAUUUGCAGUCUGAUUCAUUGCAAACUUUCAUAAUAGCACUGUGUGGAAGUGUUAAUGUUGAAACAUACUGUCAAAUAAGUUGGAAGAUUAUGCGUAACUUACUAGGUACACAUAUGGGUCACUCCGCACUUUAUACAAUGUGUCGUUUGCUACAAGAUGCAAAUUUUCAGCGAGAUGUUCGUUUACUCAGAGGUGCAGUGUUUUAUGUAAAUAUGGGUCUUUGGGGAACUCAUAGAAUUCCUUUAUUAUUUUUGAAGGCUUUAAAAUGUAAUCAUCCAAUUGUUAUGUAUGAAGUUACAUUAUCAAUCCAAAGAUUAGUAAAUAAAUAUGGUGCUGAGUUAUGGGAUCCCACAUGGAGCAUCAUAACUAGUAAUCAGCCUGCAACUAGACAAGUUUCAGUGAGUUUGCACGAAACAAUAAACAGCAUUGAAAAUUUACUCGAUAGUAGUCAUUAUAAUGGUUGUAUUCAACGAUUUUACGAUCUCAUCGAACGUUGUAGUGAUAUAAGACCUGAAGGUUCCGUUUUGAAAUUAAUUGAGUACCGAGCACGCACUAUAGGACCUACUCACUAUCAAUGGCAAUCUAAAUUGGCAAAUUUAAUGGAACGUUAUUACAAAAUUGAAACACGAACCAGUAUUAGAAUGAAAGUUCUUGAUGUUUUAACAAAUGUCAUUCAAGUUAAUAGAUCUAGAUAUGAAGACGAAUUAAUUGAACGAAUAAUAGUGCCAUACUUUCAACAUGUUGAUUUGGAUUCCGAUAUUAUAAUUCGUAAUGGUGUUGUAUAUUUACUUGUUGACAUCUGUCUUGAAUGUGAUACAAAAAGAUGUUUAGAACUUUUAGAUAUACUAGAGAAGGUGAUCAACAAGCCCUUCACUUCUGACACUCCAGUUACAAAAGACGCAGAUAUUAAAGAUGUAAAGACUGCAGCUGUUGGUGUAAUAAAAAUAUUAAUAGCAAAAAUUUAUUAUUUGCCUUCAAGUCAUGCUAUACGUGCUUAUAAGGUUUUAGUCAAUCAUCUGGAACAACAUUAUAAAGAACCAUCUGUGUUCCAUGAUGUUUCUACAAUUCGAUACUUGAUUUUUGAGUGUUUCUUAAAAAUUAGAGCGAAUACGCUUUAUCAUCUUGGAUUUCCGGAUGCCCAAAACUCGUCCGUGACAAGGUUUAGUCCAUAUUUAGUUUUAGAACAUGCAACAGCUGAACGUAUGAAUAGUGGAGGAGGUGGUAGUAGUCCUCCACCAGUCAGUCCAGCUCCAUUACAGCACUUAUCUUGUCAAAUUACUCAUAUGUCACUAGCACAUGCAUGUAAAGCUGUUAUUUCCUGCAUUAAAUUGGAAAAAGAUUGGAAAGUUUUGCAGCUUGUAUUGAAAGAAUUACCUCAAGUAAUGCAAAAUAGAGCAUUAAUAUUAUCACGACAUACAAACGAUAUUGAUUAUUUUGCAGCUGCACUUUGUUCAAUGGUCAGUGACAAAAGUUUGAGACUUCCAGAGUCACUUUACAAUGUUCCUCCAAAAUUUACUCUUUCAGAGUUUCGCGUUCAUGUUUUUCCAGUAUUAGCAUCAUUAGCCUCAUAUCAUGCACAUUUGGAACCUAAUUUGCAACAGCGCUUGAUAAAAUGUUUGGAGGUUGGUUUAACAGCAAAAUGUGCAAGUCAAUGCGUUACUAGUCUUACAACCUGUAUUUUGGAAAUGCGUGAUGCAAUGAAUAAACUGUUAUCAGAAGUACUCUUAAAUUUAUCGAAAAUUUCACUUACUAGACUCCCAAAAGUUUUUGCAAGUUUUAUUGGAGAUCAGUAUAUGUCAGUUUUUGCAAUUCUAUUGCCAUACACAAAUCCUUUUAAAUAUGAUCAUUACACAGUAUCCUUGGCACAUCAUGUAAUUGCUGUAUGGUUUUUGAAAUGCAGAUUACCAUUUCGAAGAGACUUUGUUAGAUUUAUUACCACAGGCAGUAGAGGUAGGAGAGAAAGACCAAUAAUGGCUAAUCGUAUGAUUGGAGAUAAUAAAGUUUCUGAUUUAAAACCUCCCAUCGAUGAAGCUUUAAUGACUUUUCAUGUUGAACUUACCGAAACUUGCAUUGAUCUUAUGGCCCGAUACACAUUUUCGACUUAUUCAGCUCGCCCUAAAAGGUUACCAGCUGCUGAUUUUCUUCUUAAGGAGGGUCAAUCAAUGACAUGGCUGCUUGGUAACAAACUUAUUACAGUAACAACAAGUGGUUGCAGUAAUAAAGCAAUGCGAGGAGGACUUUGUGAUAAUUGUUGGGUUGCAUGUAAACCUGGUCUUCAAUCCCCUGAACAUGGGAAAGCAUCUCAAUCAAAUUUAAGACGAGCAUCGAGUACAGAGACAGCAAAAGAGGACAAAUUAUCUAGGCAGUCAUCUGGAGGUCAUGGAAAUUCUACUGCAAAUACAGCUGCAAAUUCCCCAACAGAAGAGUCAAAGAAAACAUCAGAAGAUUUAGAUGUAACAAAAAAAAAUUAUCCUGCAGAAAAAACAGAUAAAGAUCAAAUAGAAUCGUCGAAAUUGGAACAAAUUCUCAAUAGCGAAAAACAAGAAGAGCAUGUACUUUGUGCUUGCUGGUGUCAAGGUUGGGCUGAAAUAUAUGUGCGUAGACCUACGGGCGAUAUGUCUUGGAUUAUGAGAAUUCAAAAUUCUAUGCAAUUUGAAACAAACAUAGAUUUUCCUGUAUAUGACAUAAUGGCUUUAUAUAGGCCAAAUCAAGAUUUAAUGCAAAAGCAACAAGAAUCUACAUCAGAAUGUUCUGGAGACGAAAUAGAGGAUAUUGCAGAUAAAAAUGUAGAUCAAGUGCGAAGUGAUCAUAAUGUCAUGAAAUCUGUGAUAUCUUCUGUAUCAUCGGGUCCAAUUGCAAUACCUGGUUCUCCGGCUCGACCGAGCCCUUCAAGGCAAAGUUCACGUGAUAGUUUAGAAAGUUUAGAAGAUGGUGAAGAUGAUUUACGUCGUUCUCGAAAUCCAGUGCGCAGAUCAAAUUCUAGUCCUGAAAUGAGUGCUAAUUGGAAGAAUCCAUUUUUAAAUAAAGAAAAGCUAAAUUUGCAACAAGUAGACCGAGAUAUUUCAUCAGCCGAUAUAGAAGUUAAACUUGAUGCUGAAUUAAAAAAACAUGCGAAAAAUACAUAUGCAAAAGAUAUGAGAGUCAGUUGUGAAGCUAUUCCAGAAGAAAUGUUUGGUAUGGGCACCACACCUCCAUCAGAAAAUGCAUCAGAUCAUCCAAGUGCACUGCGAUCUCAACGUUCUUAUCCAGGUGCAACGCAAGUAACUCAAAUUAUUACGACUACUACUAGUAAUACUGUUCCUCCAUCGCCGACUACUGUGCAGGUCCAAGGAAACUUUUUGGGAGUACAAGGACGCACAACACAAAUUCAAUCAUCUACUACAAAACCUCCACAAUCACCUACACAAAUUUAUCCUCGGUUAUCUAGUCUUGAUUCUGGUCAAAAAAACAUGUUAUUAGGAUCAGAUUGUAAACCACCUAUUGGACGUAAUCACCUUCCAGACAAGCAAAAGGAUGAAAAACCUGAUCCUUCUAUGUUACCUCCUUUGCCUUUACCUUUUCGUGAUAGGGGUCAUACAAUUUCUGUGAUGAGUCCUGUAAAAAAAUCUCGUGGAGAAUGGGAUAAUAUUCGUAGAGGAAAUUCACCUCGAGUAAAAGAUACUCCUAAAACUGGUAUUAAUCCUAGUUUUGUGUUUUUGCAACUGUAUCAUACAGCACACUUUGGCUCUCCUUCAGAAAAACCUUUGUUGGUGCCACAAACAACGGCCGUGCAAAGGGCAGUGACAAACUUAGAUAGAAUACAACCAUAUGAAACCCAUAAAAUUGGAGUUCUUUAUGUUGGUCCAGGACAAGCUUCUAAUGAAACUGAAAUUUUAGCUAAUCAACAUGGAUCACUUCGAUAUACAGAAUUUUUGCAACGAUUAGGAACCUUGGUUCGACUGAAAGAUGUUGAUGAAAGCGUGUUUUUAGGUGGCUUAGACCGUAAUGGUGAAAAUGGAAACUUUGCAUAUAUUUGGCAAGAUGAUGUUACACAGGUGGCGUUUCAUGUAGCAACAUUGAUGCCAACAAAACUAAGUGAUCCUAAGUGUACAUCUAAAAAGCAGCAUAUUGGAAAUAACUAUGUUACUGUUGUUUAUAAUGAAUCUGGAGAGCCAUAUAAUAUACAAACUGUAAAAGGACAAUUCAAUUAUGCAUGUGUUGUGAUCCAGCCCUUAGAUCAUGGUACUAAUCAAGUUACAGUUCAAGUAAAAGAAGAAUUGGCUAAACAUAUUAGACAUAGUGAGCCAAAAAUUAUUUCUGAUCAGAACUUAGCUAUUUUAUCUCGACAACUUGCUCUUCACGCCAAUCUUGCUUCAAUGGUUUCAUCAUCUUUAGAACAAAACAGUCACAAUCCAUAUGCUUCUAAUUGGUUAGAGCGCUUACGACAUAUUAAGCGACUUAGGAAUCGCGUAUUGCAAGAAUCAAUAAAUAACAAUCCAGAUGGGGCAACUGAUGAUUUAUCACCAAGAUCAAACAAACGUAUUUACAUGGAUGAUUUUACUGAAUAUACAACAUGA